AAAAUGAAAAACAGUUAUUACCACCACAAGCAUUCCAAGAACUACGGCCUCUUCAACCGGGAGAAGACAUUGUCAAAGCCGAAAAAAUGCCAAAAGUCAAUCGAAAUUCGAAGAAAGCAAAAAAGAAAAGACGUGUACCAAAGCCACACCCUUAUGGACAUAUUUUCUUUCCUCAGAGCACAACAGAAUUAUUAUGGAAUCAGAAUGAUAUUAACAACGGUGAUGGUUUAAAUCAUAGUUCAGACUCAUGUGAAGUUAAUACAUGGAAUCAAUCUAUUAAUGGUUCCGCUGAUUCUAAAAACAAUUAA